UGUGCUUUGCAUCUGUAACUUAACAAUUUACAUUCGACGUCCUUAAUUCUUUUCAAAUUUGCUGUCUUCAACUUGAAGUCUAAUGCGAUUUGCGAGAGUCAUCUUUCUUUCAAGAAGUUUGCUUAAGUGAUUAGUAAUCAAGAAUUUUACGUCACGAAGUGCUUACAAGAACAUCUCACUUUACACCGUUUGUUUUGUUUUGUUUGGACGAUUUGCAUUCUCUUCUGCAGUGAUAGCUGAGAUUUUCUUCACAGGGUCGUUAGCAACCCUCUAAAAUGACCUGAAAUCUUGUUAAUUACUUCAAACGGAAAUAUCCGCAUUUAACCAUACUGCCAAAAGGGGAAUUUUAGACUGUUCGGCCAUGUUGCAACGAGCUUUAACAUGAGGAGAUGGGGAGGUCUAAAGAGUUGUUUCUCAGUGGAGUGCGAGGGAAAUGGUGACAUGGCUGUUCUCGACUUGCAGCACUGCAAUCUGACUUCAGUACCAACAGACAUUUUUAAAGCCGAGCCAAACCUGGAAGAACUCUACCUGGAUGCUAAUCAGAUACGAGAAUUACCGAGGGCUUUGUUUGGGUUGCAGAGUUUGCUAAUUCUUGGUUUAAGUGACAAUGAGUUGACUGUGUUACCAUCAGCUGUGUCUAACUUGGCGAACCUUAGAGAAGUUGACAUCAGUAAGAAUGGUAUUAUUGAUUUACCAGAGAAUGUUAAAAACUGCAAAUGUUUGGAGCAAUUUGACGCAAGCGUAAAUCCGAUUGGAAAAAUUCCUGAUGGCUUUACUCAGUUGUUCAAUUUGACACAUUUGUAUCUGAAUGAUGCUUUCUUGGAUCGUUUACCAUCAAAUUUUGGAAGAUUAUCAAAGUUGAAGAUCCUAGAACUGAGAGAAAACCAUUUACGAUCACUACCUGAGUCAAUGUCAUAUUUCACACAAUUAGAAAGACUUGAUAUUGGAAGCAAUGAAUUUAUGGAAUUGCCAGCUGUUGUUGGUUGUUUGGUAAACCUAAGAGAACUUUGGAUGGACAAUAAUUGUGUCAGAGAACUUCCACCAGAAAUAGGAUUGCUUCGUCAGCUUUUGUUCCUUGAUGUUUCCAAAAAUAGACUGGAGCGUCUUCCACCAGAAAUAGAAUGUUUACAGUCUCUGACUGAUCUUUAUUUAUCCAACAAUGUGUUGCUUGAAUUGCUUGAUAAUAUUGGUUCCCUUGGGAAUCUCCAGACACUCAAAGUUGACGAGAAUCUCCUUGCCGAACUUCCAGCUAGUAUUGGAAGACUAUCCAAUUUGGAAGAACUUGUCAUAAAUCAUAACGAGUUAGAGAGUUUGCCAGCUGCCAUUGGAUUAUUAAGAAAACUACGCAUCUUGUAUGCUGAUGAAAACUUCCUAGAGGCAAUUCCUUUGGAGUUAGGUAGCUGUACAUCAAUUACUAUAUUAUCACUACGUGACAACAGGCUUGUGCGGAUACCAGAUGACAUUGGUCGCAUGCCAAACCUUCAAGUCAUAAACUUUGCUUGCAACAGAUUGGAGUGUUUGCCUUAUACAUUCAGGAAGCUGACUACUCUAAAAGCUCUGUGGCUCUCAGAAAAUCAGUCCAAGCCAAUGGUUCCUCUACAAUCAGAUUUUGAUCAUGGUACUCAGUCACACAUAUUGACAUGUUACAUGUUUCCACAACAGCCUCCAGCUGAUGAAGUAUCAGAACAGUACAGUGAGGACUCAGCAGGAAGUAUUCCAACAUCUCUGUUAGAAGAACAAAUCAGACAAAGGUCUUCCAUUGUUUUCAACAUUGAUGAAGAUGAUUACCUGACAAGAUUAGCUAGAUACCAGUCACCAUAUCCGAAGGAUGUGAAGGAUCGUGCCACACAGUACUUGGCAAGCAGACGACAGCAACAGCAGGAGAGAGAGGUAACUCAGCCAGUGAUCCCUUCCCAGCUCCAGUGUCACCAACAGGAACAACACCAGUAUAGGCACAAGUAUCAGCACAGAAUUCAGCACUCGGUUCCACAAUCAAACAGCACACACGGUCAGCGGCAGCAGCCGCCAGUGCCAGUCGUGGUGCAAUCAGUGGACCGUCGUGAGCUACCUCAGCUGAUUAGACCCCAAGAGGUGCGUACAGUUGAAGUGCCUUGGUAUGAAGAUCAGCCUCCAAUCCCCAUUCAAACUUCAGAGCAGAGACGAAGUCAGCCAGCCGCAGUUGUCCACCCACUGAGCAGCGCUCAGAGGUUGAUAUCAAAUGAUAUCACUCAGCGAGGUCAUGCGGGGAAUGGCCUGGGCGAUCAAAACAGGGAACCAAAGCCUGGGAGAGUAAAUCAGGCCACAGUGAGAAGUAUACCUGGAGAGCGGCUUAUCGGGGGGCAAUCUGCAGCACAAGAGGUUACAGCCACUCGCAUUCCGCCCGUAUAUCAGCCUCCCCCACCCUACACCCCACGAGAAAACAGAGCCACCCUUCCGCAUCCCCGGACGCGGGGAUCUGAAGUUUCAGUGGAAUCACAGCACUCAUUCCGUGAAGAAAUGCCCAGUGCGUCCUAUUAUCAGGGACGUCCGGGGGUCCUUUGGAGCACCUCAUCCAGUGGGGGCCAAGACUCAAGGGGCUCCCAAACGGGUGAAAUGCACUCUUUUCACGAGGAAGAGCCUAGCUUCGUUCAAAGUCCUAUUAGGCCUCCUUCGUAUUACGAAGCUACUAAUCAAUCUGAUAGUGUACCUUUUGAAAGAACUGUUCAACACGUCAUAUCUACAUCACGAACUGUGCCUAAUUCGGUGGUAAUAAAUGGUUUAAACAGCAGCACAGGAUCACCACCCCCUCAGUACACUGUGCAACCAAAAGCAUUUGCUCAACCUCCUGUCAGGCACAUUUUACCGGAACCGGAAGCUCCUCGAGACACUAAUGGGCAACCAGUCGCUCCUGGCAGACCGGAAGUGAAUACUUCGCAAACACUCAACAUUUCACAGGAAGACGCGGAAAGGUUCGAGAACAGAGUUCGGCAGCUUCAACGUGAAAGAGCCAUGGAGCGUGGCGAAGUAAUGGUCGACGGAACUCGGACGAAUGUCGGAGACAAUCGGAGGCCUCACAACGAUGCGUCUUCGAUACGUGUUCUUAACCGGAGCAACUCGUCAGAGUCUCGGAAUUCCGUCCAUUCUGUUUCUUCUGCACAAGAGGAGGAAGAGAGUGAACCUGUGGAUAAUGACCCAACCAUUGACCUGAUUCAGGUGGAAGUUUACAAGAAUCCUAAUCUUGGAUUUAGUAUUGCCGGUGGAGUUGGUUCCACUUCAAAUCCUUUCCACCCGAAUGACAAUAAGAGUAUAUAUGUGACUAAGGUACAGCCAGACGGGCCGGCGGCAUUUGGACUUAUGCCUGGUGACAGAAUUUUAGAGGUAAAUGGAAUCAACUUAAGACGUGUGACUCACGAGAAAGCUGUGAUGUUCCUUAAGCACAACCAAUGUGUGAAUCUACUUAUCGCGCGCAAAAAGGAUCAACCUAGACCUCUUUGAUAGCAGAUAACCAAAAAAGGUUGUCGAACACAACUGUAUGGAAUCUAGAGGAUCGUAAGAUCUUACAAACGACUCGCAUUACGAGAACACGAAAACAAAUAUAAUGGCGCAACGCUAUCGUGACCUGGUUGUGAUGAUAAGAAAUUAAUGGUCACGCUCAGAGAACUCAGUCAUGCGACACAUCAAAGUCGCACAAGAAACUUAGAAACCGUGGCAUUUUGAAUAGAAAUAGUAAUUACUUGUUGUAAAUAAUUAGUCCAAAUCACGAACAAUAAGAAAGUUACUGAUUAUCCAUA